CGGGGAUAAGUUAAUUGAUUUUAUCACGCUUGUUUACGUUCUUUUGUCGUUUACACGCUGAAGUCGACCGAAAGAACGUUCCAACUUUUGUUGACGUAACGCAACAACGCCACCGUGUGCCCGUUCCGAUUAUUGCAUCACGCCGGCCGAAGGUUCCCGAAGAUGACGUCACGAUGCCGAAGUGUCGCCCAGAUUCCCCCACACCAAGAUGGCGGCGGCGGAGCUGCAGUGGAUGCCGGACUCCCUCUACAAUUCCGCCAUCACCGCCGUCGUCGACAACUAUUCCCGCACCAGAAAGGACGUCAGGUCCCUACCAGAUAACAUACAGUUCGAUAUUUAUUACAAGCUGUACCAGCAGGGCAGACUAUGUCAGCUGGGGUCGGAGUUCUGUGAGCUGGCCGUCUUCUCCAAGGUUGUACGGGCCAAUGAUAAACGCCACCUGCUACACCACUGUUUCCAGGCCCUGAUGGACCACGGAGUGAAGGUGUCCACCUGUCUGUCUGAUACCUUCAGCCGCCAGUGUUCCUACAUACAGGAGUCAGAGGUGUCCGUCAGAGACAAGGCCUUAACACUAGGACUGGCACUAGGAUCGUUUAUGUCGGAGGCAGGAUGGUAUGCAGAAGGAGAGAAGAUUUUCCUGGCCUGUCUGGAGCUGUGUGAACUGGUGGAGGACGUGUCCCACUGGCUCAGGGGCCUGGAGUUCUGUACAAGAUUGUUACACGUGCGAAAUGCCAACUGUAAAUACAACCUUGGGGAGGACACCUACCAGAAAGCGCUCAGCUACGUGACCAAGCUGCAGCGGCUGGGACACAGCGUGAACUUCGCCCUGCUGUAUAGCGAGUACAGCGCUCUGAUGUUCGCCAAGAGUCAGUACGACGAGGCCUACAGGUGGAGCGUGAAGGCACUACAGGAGAUCCGACAAAACUUACCCAUGAAGGUUGUUGUGGAUGUCAUCAGACAAGCCUCAAAGGCGUGUGUUGUAAAGAGAAAGUUCCACCAGGCAGAGUUGCUGGUGAAGCAUGCUGUAUAUGUGGCCAGGGAGCACUUUGGACCCAAACACCCCAAGUACUCCGACACACUGCUGGACUAUGGCUUCUACCUUCUCAAUGUGGACAACAUCUGUCAGUCAGUCCAUGUGUACCAGAUCGUACACAUCCUGCCCGAGGAGCAUCUGCUGCUCGCCUCGUCUAAAAGGGUCAAAGCUCUGAUCCUAGAGGAGAUAGCAAUCGACUGCCAUAACAAGGAGCUUGAGAACAUGCUGCUUCAUGAGGCCCAGGAGCUGCACCUCUCGUCGCUGGCCCUCGCCAUCCGGGCCUUCGGCGUGGUGAACGUGCAGACGGCCAAGCACUACGGCAACCUGGGAAGGCUUUACCAGUCCAUGCAGAGGUACAAGGAAGCCGAGGAGAUGCACCUGAAGGCUAUCGACAUCAAGGAGAAGCUGUUGGGGCAGGAGGAUUACGAGGUGGCGCUGUCCGUCGGACAUCUCGCCUCGCUGUACAACUACGACAUGAACCGCUACGAUCAGGCGGAACAGCUGUACCUCAGAUCUAUCUCCAUAGGGAGGAAACUAUUUGGUGACGGUUACAGCGGACUUGAGUACGACUACCGCGGCCUCAUCAAGCUGUACAACUCUGUCGGGAACAUUGAGAAGGUUUUGGAGUACCACGAGAUCCUGAACAGCUGGAACCAGCUGCGAGACCGCGCCGUGCCCAUCAAGGACGCGCUCCAAGACGUUGAGAACUCGGAGAGAUCCACGGAGCAGGUCAUCCAACAAUUUCUCGAGUCGUCGUCGUGUUCAUAGUACCGGUUUGACCUAGACCAAAAAAUGUGUACAAAGAUAAUAAGAGAGACCAUAGACUUUAACACCUAGGGAUGAAAAUUAGAUAUGACAAGUAUGAAAUAUAUAUAUAUGUAUCUAUAAUGCAUAUGUCUUAAAUAAUAUGAGAUCACUGAGGAACCUUAAAUAAGAGCUGUUUCAUAUAGUUUGCAGCUGCCAAAUUGUCUUGAUUCCAUAUUUUAUGUCACGUUAUGUAGAGGAGGAACUGAUCUGUAAGGUUUUCAUGGAUAUUAUAAACAUAUGAUGUUUAUUUAAGUCCUUAGGUCACAUCAAAUUAAUUUCAUGGCUCUUGAAAUUGCCUUUGUUCCUUUAUUUGUGCUUCAAGAUUGGUUUAAGAUAAAAAUCACCAUAAUGGGUAUGAAUCAAACCCCAAAUGUUUGAUACUGUAAAUGCAGAAAUAUUUGUGGUGGCUUUAUGUUUCGCGUUUUUUGCGUAGCCAAUUCAUUUUUUCCAUGGCAGUAAGAGACUACAGUGCAUGGUGCUACCGCGAACUUAAGACCACCUCAAACAAUCCUUUUUCCCGCUUCCUCAAAAUUAAAUUCCCAUGAACUUAUAUGCAUUUACGGUAUAUUUUGGCACCAACAGUUGAACUGAAAGAAAGCCCAUGGCAUACAUUGUAUAUUACACCAUAUCAUAUAUCACACAAUGUCUCUUUGCCAGGGGCUCAUACAGAAUUGGCCUCCUCCUUCAAGGGGGGUAGUCAGUCAGACAUGAGAUAGCAGGAUUUGGUCAGGCUGACGGCUUAUUAAGUUCUUUGCUUUCUUGACUCUAUUUGUGGCUACUGUGGUAUGAUUUGGGCACAUAUGAUUCACAGAAUUCCUGUUAAAUUUCCUGCAACUCCAUCUAGCCUGAUUAAAUUGCACUUAUAGCAGCCCACCCAACAGUGGAGGUUGUGGUACACAGACUACAACUCCAACAAUUUCCUCAACUCAAUCUUUCCUGCAAUUCCAUCUAGCCUGCUUAAAUUGCGCUUAUAGCAGCCCGCCCAACGUUCGGGGAGGGUCCAGGUACAGCCCUGGUACAGCGGAGUUUGUGUUACACAGACCACAGUUCCAACAAUUUCCUGCAAAAUCUGAGACCCCAGAAAUUAAAGUGAUGUGGCCGUAGGGUACUGAUUUGUCCUGUGAGUGUGUAAAGCCCUUUUUUUUCUUCGGUAGCACUUGAUUUGCCAGACUGAGUCAAUCGGGGACUCAGCCGCUUAAUCAUACUCUUUAUUUAUGUCUCUCUUUAAACUUACCAAGUGACACCACAAAUAACUAAAACAAUAGAGGGUUUGUAGAUUUUCAACUCAGGAGACUUUAAGUACUUAUAACUUAACACUUAAGUUCAUUUUAACAACAAACACUCGCUUUGAAGUGAAGAAAGCACUGGCAAGCUUGAAAUUAUGGCACUAAAUUAAAGUCUUUAUUGAAGUUUAGAGGAGUGAGGAAUUGUGAAUCACUUUUAGUGUUACUGAUAACUAAUGUUUGAAGUCAACAUGCCAAAUACACCAUUUAUAAUUACACAAUGUAAGAUUACCACAUUGGAAAGUGUGGAACUGUGGCAUAAAUGUUACAGAAUUCAGAUCAUAGCAUCAAACUAAUGAUAUGUUAUGAAUUGUCCAUGAAGGCUGGACAUCUAUGUAAUAAAAUACAAUAGUAGAUACCCAAGCAACUGGAUAUGAUUUUGGAAACAGUCAGAUAUUUCAAAUAGUAUCCACUAUGUUUUGUCGGUAACACUGAGUAAGACCUUGUAGGGGAUGCUACUUGAAACGUCUGACCACGUCCAAAAUCAUAUCCGGAUGCGUUGGCAGAUGCUAUUCAUUUCUGUGUAAUGCAUUCAGGUUAUUUCCUCUUAUUGUUGAGAAAACUAUAUAUAUACUGUUAGGAAUGAUGGCAACAUUCUGUCCAUGUGGAGAAAGGCAGUGAUAUUCACUGCUGAUGUGUUUGUAAAUACAAUUUUUCUGUAUAGUCAACCUUAUAUAGAGUUUAAGUUUUCUUGACACGCAUAGUUCCUAACUUUACAUUUAAGUUGUUCCUCUUGAAGAAGAAUUGAUGCGCAGAAGACGGACACUGUUCACUUCUUUUGAUUUUAGAAUGGCGAAAAUAAAACUGCAACAUGCACAUGAGGAUGAAGUAAAAUUUUAUGAUGCA